AAAAAAAAAAAAUCCAAUUUUUUCGUUGAAACGAUGACUGUGGAACAAAAUUUUGAAGCUUUGGAUCAGUUUCCUGUAGGAAUGAGAGUUCUUGCUGUUGAUGAUGACCAAACUUGUCUCAAAAUCCUUGAAACUCUUCUUCGUCACUGCCAAUACCAUGUUACAACGACGAACCAAGCACAAAAGGCUUUAGAGUUAUUGAGAGAGAACAAGAACAAGUUUGAUCUGGUUAUUAGUGAUGUUGACAUGCCUGACAUGGAUGGUUUCAAACUUCUUGAGCUUGUUGGUCUUGAAAUGGACCUACCUGUCAUAAUGUUGUCUGCUCAUAGUGAUCCAAAGUAUGUGAUGAAAGGAGUUACUCAUGGUGCUUGUGACUAUUUGUUGAAACCGGUUCGUAUUGAGGAGCUGAAGAACAUAUGGCAACAUGUGGUUAGAAGUAGAUUUGAUAAGAACCGUGGGAGUAAUAACGGUGACAAGAGAGAUGGAUCGGGUAAUGAAGGUGUUGGAAAUUCUGAUCAGAACAAUGGGAGAGCUAAUAAUAGAAAACGUAAAGAUCAGUAUAAUGAAGAUGAUGAUGAGGAAAAAGAUGAUAAUGAUGAUUCGUCGGCUCAAAAGAAGCAACGUGUUGUUUGGACCGUCGAGUUGCAUAAGAAAUUUGUUGCAGCGGUUAACCAAUUGGGAUAUGAGAAGGCUAUGCCUAAAAAGAUUUUGGAUUUGAUGAAUGUUGAGAAGCUCACUAGAGAAAAUGUGGCUAGUCAUCUUCAGAAAUUCCGCCUUUACUUGAAGAGGAUCAGUGGUGUGGCUAAUCAACAAGCUAUUAUGGCAAACCCUGAUUUACAUUUUUUGCAAAUGAGUUCUUCUCUCAAUGGACUUGACGGUUUCCACCACCGCCCAAUCCCUGUUGGAUCUGGUCAGUUCCAUGGCGGGGCUCCUGCAAUGAGAUCUUUCCCUCCAAAUGGGAUUCUUGGCCGACUCAAUACUCCUUCGGGGAUCGGUGUCCACAACCUUUCUUCUCCUCCUGCAGGAAUGUUCUUGCAAAACCAGACUGAUCUCGGAAAGUUUCACCAUGUCUCAUCACUUCCUCUUAACCAUAGUGAUGGAGGAAACAUACUUCAAGGGUUGCCACUGCCUUCAGAGUUCGACCAGCUUCAGACAAACAACAACAACAACAACAUUAGAAACAUGAACAAUAACAAGAGCAUCGCCGGGACUUCCAUGGCUUUUCCUAGCUUCUCUACGCAACAAAACUCGAUCAUCGGUGCUCCUAAUAACAAUCUCGUGGUUCUAGAAGGUCACCCACAAGCAUCUCCGCCCAGCUUCCCGGGACACCAGAUCAAUAAACGUUUGGAGCAUUGGUCAAAUGCUGUAUCCUUGUCGACUCUUCCUCCUCCUCCUGCUCAGAACAGUAAUAGUAUCCAUCAUCACUUUGAUGUCUCUCCAUUACCACAUUCUAAACCCGACACUUUGGAAUGGAACAAUGUGUCAUCAAGCUACUCUAUACCAUUCUGUGACUCUGCCACUACAUUGAGUCCUCCUGCUUUGGAUACAAGUACAACAAAUCCCCGAGCUUUCUGCAGAAACACGGACUUCGAUUCAAACACAAAUGCGCAACCUGGAGGCUUCUAUGAUACAUUGCAGACUCGGCAAUCAGGCAAUUAUGGUCCAACCACGGAUGCUAUGUUGAGUAGUAACCCGAAAGAAGGGUUCGUCGUAGGCCAGCACAAGUUACAGAGUGGUGGAUUCAUGAGUGCAGAAGCUGGUUCCUUAGAUGAUAUAGUCAACUCCACAAUGAAGCAGGAACAGAGCCAGGGAGAUUUGUCUGGAGGAGAUUUGGGAUAUGGAGGCUUUAGUUCACUCAGAACAUGCAUAUGAGAGAACAAACAUUUAGACAUAAAUCAAAUAUCAUCAUCUUGUGAUUGCUUUUGUCUUUUUCUUUCUCAUCUUUUGUGUAUCAAAAACUGUAAACUAUUUGUUUUCCCACUGGUUCUAGCAAUUUAGGACUUCAUAAAAGAAAAUAAUAAAGAAAAAACUUUCAC